AUGGUAGCUGUGGCCCCUGGGUCGCUAACCUGGAUCGAGGGUUAUGCUAUCGCAAGGGAAUGCAAAUCUAUUUUCGCAAGGUAUGGUAUCUUCUUGGACUGCGAGAUACGUGAAUCUGUGGUCACUUUCUGCACCGCGGAUCAGCUCGAGACAAGUUCUACCGCCGACGCCUCUGUCGACUCUUCUGCCGAUUCUACAAACAAGACAAGCUCACCGAAACCUUUUCAGCUCUUUUCUGGACCCAUGCCAGAAAACGACGACUGGAUGUAUGCACAUACGUGGACAAACUUCUCUGACGUGCUUGGCACCACGAUCGCCAUGAAGGACAGGGAUUCUCUUACAGGCACGAAAGGCCUGUACCUCUCUUUGUCGCCAUCUUCUCCUGGAGCCGAGCCCAAAAUCCUGGCUUUGACUUGCAGACACGUGGUGAUUGAUUCCAAAACAGAGGGCGGCUUGGAAACAUACUGUCGCCCAGAGUCUGCUCCCUUCAAAGAUGUCGUUCAAGUGGGCCAGCCGGAUUAUGAGUACAUGGUCAAAUCGUUAGAGCGCAGAAUAUCAAGCUACCGCAAAGACUCUGAACACUUUAACGGCUGGCGCCCCUGCUCACCUUACGCGAAGAACGCCCUUUCUCUCCAAGAUGCCAUAACGCCAUUCAAUGCCGCUUCCUCCAGGGUUUUUGGUCAGCUUUUAUACGCGCCUGAGUUGAACACUACGGCAACCGAGGCCCAAUGGUCAAGAGACUGGACAUUGAUCGAACUACUUCCAGGAUCCCACCAAUCUCCUCUCAGUUUAAUAAAGAACAAAGUGGAUAUUGGAUCGGUUGUUGACUUUCUCACUGCGCUCUUUGGACGCAAACGAGUGGUCAUGGAUAUGAAGGCGGAAUACGGCUGCCAAACCAUGCAAAGCACUGUCGUCCCAAUCGACCAAAUUUUCAAAUCUGAUUGCACCGCUGAGGAUGAGUCAAGGAUGGUGAUAAAAUAUGGAUUGAGGGGAACAUUUACGCUGGGUCUUGGAAAUACGUUGAAAUCGAUCGUUCGCCAUCCAGAAACCCCAGGCGGCGUAAAGCGAGAGAGUGAAGCAUGGGGCAUAGUAUCAGUUGUACCCGCUAGAGUGUGUCUUCAAGAGCCCUUCUCAAUAGCAGGAGAUUCUGGCGCCUGCGUUUGGGAUAUGGAGCGACGCCCUGCCGGUAUGAUCACGGCAGGCAGCGGUUCCUCCGAACAGGUGUACGACAUUACAUAUGCGCAGCCGUUGGAGGGAAUAUUGGAGGACAUGAAAUCUUGUGGCUACGAUGUGUCUCUGGUUUAA